AUGUCGGUAUCCGAGCCACUCAAUAUGAUCAAGCUUUGCCUUGACGAAAAGGUCUACGUUAAAUUACGAGGAGCACGUGAGAUUGUUGGAAAACUACAUGCAUAUGACAAUCAUUGUAAUUUGGUGUUGGGAGACGCCGUAGAGACUAUAUCUACAGUAGAUGAAAACAACGAGCUAAAGACACAGACAAAAGACAGACCAAUGGUUUAUCUAAGAGGUGAUUCAGUAAUUUUAGUGGCAAAUGCCAGCCAAUAG